UUUUCGCCAGUAUUAAAAACAAAUGGGUGUUUCCUACUUGCUAACACUGCUAAUGAACCGUGUGGGGUUUGUGGUGCUGCUGGCUGUGGAGAACUUUUUUCAACAUGUUCAGGUUUAGACAAAUCAGUAAUAAAUCUUCUGAGGAUGGUCUCGGCAAAAAAACGGGGAAAGAGAGGGGUGACUUUGACACAGAUUAUGAUUCUACAUGGGAGGACGAUAAUGACAAUACAGAAAGUGAAGAGGAUGUCAAUGAGAAAGAAAAUACUGAAAAGAAUCAGGGGAACUUCUUCCAGUGGGGAAGCUGGGCAGAGAGAAAUGAAUAUGCUGCAAAAGACAUGCAGAAUUUUAGGCACAUGCUGAGGAAAACUAAUGAAAAGGAAAUAGUAAAUAUUCAACAGAGACAAAAAGAUUUACCCAAUCUGUGGUUUUACCAGAAUAAGAAGCCGUCUGGAUCUGACGGGGUGUUCAUUGAGGAAUUUCAUGAUGACUGGUUUGGUGAUUACAAAAGACUGGAACGUACACACUCCUACAUUCAGUGGUUGUUUCCUAUUCAAGAGAAAGGAAUGAACUGGGAUUCAUAUAUACUUCAGGAAGAGGAAAUCAAGCUUUUCCGCGAAGAUGUGGAGGUGAAGAAAAGACUGGUGAAGUCUUAUAAACUCAUGCUGGAUUUUUAUGGGAUUAGACUGCUUGAUGAGAAAACAGGCAAAGUAUGUCGUAUAAAACUAAAGUGGAAAGAGCGAUUUGACAACUUAAACAGAAACACACACAACAACCUGCGCAUCACACGCAUUCUGAAAUGUCUGGGAAUUCUGGGAUUUCAGCACUACCAGGCUCCACUGGUCAAGUUCUUCCUCCAUCAGACUCUGGUGAAGGAAAGGCUUCCCAGAGUGAAGCAGAGCGCUCUAGACUACUUCCUGUUCUCUGUGGUGGAUAAAAAAGAGAGGAGGAAACUGAUCAAGUAUGCUUUCCAGACAUUCCAGACAAGAAAGGAUUUUGUGUGGUGUCCAAAGAGGAUCCAAAGGAGAUUUUUGAAAGAGAUCAAUCAACAGAUAACAGAGGACAACGACUCUGAUCUCUCAGAGCCAGAAUCUGAUGCUGAAGCUGAAGGAAAUUUCUCUGAGAAUGAAGAGAAUGAGGACACAUCAUUUUCUAACACUGUAGAUGCUGUUCAAAGUAAUUCAAGUGAUGGAGAGGUAGGAGUAGGCAACCUGAUUGCCACUGAGGCUGGUUUAAGCAGGAAUGCCUUUAGAAAUCCAGAUACACACCCUCAACAAAACAUGAGGAGAAUGGAGGACAGUGCUCUAAGCACAAAUGUAAUGGCAUCAACUGAAAAUGAUACAGCAGGAGCAGGAGCUGUAAUGCAUAGUGGCACAGAGACAGCUCCUCUGAGUGAUAAUAUGGUGUCUACAGAAGAGCAAGAUGGCACAGACACAUCUCCUCAGAACGAUGAUGUGUCGAGCCAGCAUUCUGCAGAAGUUUCCAGUAGCACACAUACACCAAAUCAGAGUGAUUCUGCGAUGUCAGCAUCAAGCUCUGCAGAAGAUUCAAAUAAUAUUUCUGAGAACCACGGUGUCCAUGAACGCACUCUGAGACCAGACAUACCAUUAAGGCCAGAUAAUGAAAAUAAUACAGAUGACCAGGGAAAGGACAUAGUACCAUUACAUUAUGGAGCUAGAGCAGAAGCAGUGCCUGUUGUGCCAGAUGGCACAGAAACAUCUCCUCGGAAUGAUGAUGUGUCGAGCCAGCGUUCUGCAGAAGAUUCCAGUGACACGUCUAAGAAUCAUAAGAGUGAUCUUGACGGCACAAAUAAAGAAAACAACAGUAUAAUAGAUGAGAAUGGAGCUGGUGGUGCUAAAGCAAAAGGUGUGUCUGUAUUGCAGGAUGGCACAAAUUCAACAAAUCAGACUGAUUCUGGGAUGUCAGCAGCAAAGUCUUCAGAAAUUUCAAAUCAAAUGUCAGACGACCACGGUGUCCCUAAACCCACAGCUAAAAAUGACACAAAGACAACAAGGGAUGACGCUCUCAGACAGGACAUAGUACCACCAGAACCAGAUAAUACAGAUGAUUUAGAGGGUUCUAAAAAUACACAGAGUUCUGAAAAAGAGUCAGUUGCAAUGUCUGAGGACCAGAGUGUCCAAAAAAGCACAGCUACCGAACACAAGGGGAGAACAGGGGAUGAUUCUCAGGAACCGGGCAUAUCAUCAAAUGAAAAUAAUGCAAAUAAUGCAAUGGAAUCCUCAGGGGGUGACACAGAGGAAGUUUCUCUUGUGGGUGAUAUUGAGAUGUCUGACAACCAGGAGAGUGACCAGAGACGAGAAAAAGAUCCACCAACUAAAGAUGAUGAUGAUGAAAUGGAAACAGAGGGUAACACAGAAACAGCUCAGAACAUACUACCAAAUGUAGAUGGUGGGGCACAUCCUGAAGCAAUGCCUGGACUACAGAGUGGCACAGAUACAACUCAUCUAAGUGAUAGUCCUCUGCCAGGACAGAAUUCUACAGUAGAGUCAGAUGAAAUGUCUGACAACCUGGAAAAUGACCAGAGAUUGGACCAAGAUCAAAAAAAAAAAAGAUGAUGAAGCAGAUGCAAUGGUGGAAUAGUCUGAAACGGAGCAUGACACGGAUACACCUCAGGAUGCUAAAAAGUCAAUACUAAAUUCAGAAUAUUUUUUUAAUAUAUAAUUUUUUGACAUGAAAACACAAAACUACUAAAGAAGAAAUAAAAAGAACAGGUACAGAUACUCCUGGCAGAAGAUUCAGAUAGCGAAAACAUAAAGAGAGUAGUGUAGGGUUUACUGAAACUGGAACCACCAAAAGGUGACGCAGAAGAAGGAACUGAUAAAAAAGGACAUUUUCUGGAAUAUUAUUUUGCCGUUCUCAGCAAUGUUUAGAACUGAAGCAUUUAUAAGAUGAAUCAAUUUAAUUAUGGGAACGGGGAUUUCACUGUUAUAAGAAUAAUAGAAAUGUAAUGAUCGCAUGUUAGGACGUAUAUCAAUAUACAGUAUUUGUUUGAAAAGGUAUUUCCCUUUGAUUUCCUUUUUAAAUUUAAAAACAUAAAAAAUCUCUGUAAUCCAUUUUUAUUUCUGAAGUCUGUGAUCUAUAUAUUUCUAUAAGUAAUAUUAAAUAGUUAGAUGUUAGGAAAUUUUAUAAAUUAUGUAAUUUGUAGAUCAUGAUCUGACUCACAAUUUGACUUUGCAUUUAAUCUGUGAUAAUAAAUAUACAUUAACAAAA